GCACAUGCGCAGUAGCACAUCUCCGUGCAACCGCGACAAUGGCGGACACAUCUCUUUAUUUGGGCAACGUAAAUAUAUCGAUAGAACAGAACACGGCAGGAAAGAUGAAGGAGCUGGAGGUUGUGGAGCUGGGAGAACUCGAUAAUAGACACCACAAGGAGAAGCCUCCGCGGAGGAUCAUUCAUUUCUCCAGCGGUGAGACCAUGGAGGAGUACAGCACGGACGAGGAGGAGGAGGAGGAGGAGGACAAGAAGGCGGAGAGGAAGGACCUGCUGGCCUCGCAGGUGGAUGCGGUGAGGUCGAAGAUGACCUGGGGUCCAUAUUUCUGGUUCCACAUGUGGAGGGCAGCCACAUCCACCAUCUCAGCAUGCGACUAUCUUGGCGAGAGGAUGGCCAACUUGUUCGGGAUCACAUCUGCCAAAUAUCAAUAUGCCAUUGAUGAAUAUUACAGGAUGAAGAAAGAGCGGGAGGAAGAGAAAGAGGAAGCCCGCCUGUCUGAGGAGGCUGAAAGGUCGUUGGACCGUCCCACACCUCAGGAGGAACGUGGAAACUCGGGCAAGGACGCCGCUUCUCAGGCCACUUAUCAGAUCCACGACGAAAAGGAAGCACGAUCGAGCACCAUCAUCGUGCCUGCCAUCGUCACAGCGACUUAACUGUCCCUCAACAUCUUGUUGUCCCAGCACGGUUUGGUUUUAUUGACUUUACUAGACAGCACUUCCUGGUUUUGCAGAGGAGUUUGAGAGUUGCACCUUAACAAGCUGCGAUUGUGCUAAGGUGUCGAGCAGAUCCAAGUUUAAGGUCCCUCCUCUGUGCCUCUAACCAACCUGACACUGUGCCUGACUGAUCAACACGCGACUCUGAAGCCUGAAUUUGAUCACUGACAAGGCAUUUCUAACAACGUCAAGCAGGUUUUCAUCUCACCAUGUCAAUGGCCAUAUUGAAAAUAAGCCAAUUCAAGCUUAGUUGAUCCUAACACCUUUAAAAUGUGUGUCUGCUGUCUGUAAUAAUGUUUACAAAGUUUGUUUUUGCACUAAGUAUGUGGUUAACUAGCACCACGACUAUGACAUUCUGGUUGAAAUUUAACUAGUUUACGUCACGAAAGGGACGGUAACUUCUUUUAAAUUAAUUGUUAUUGCAACUUUUGAUAUGUUUUUAGUUAACAAAAUGACUUGUUUUCUAUUAAAUUAUUUUAAACUCUGAUAGUCUGCAUUUUUUAAAAUGUUGGUAAACACAGUACGUAUCUGUUGGCUCGCUCACCCAAAGAGGUCAACAACCUUCUGCCCGACUGAAAACAAUAUCGUCUUUAUUAAAGGAAAUUUCAGUUCCAUUUUUUUCCCUUCUCUAACUCUUGACGUGACUCUCAUUCAAACACAGACACAAAGAGCAUUUGGCUGCCGAGCUCACGUUUCACCACGUCAUUUUAGCGGUGCCAUGAUGAGACAUCUGUGACUGCGAAAUGUCCACACAAGGAUCCUUUGCACGGCCUGUUUGCAGAGUGACAAUACCACCCACUGAUCGCCUGCUCACACCACAGUUGGUGACUGAGCUCAGACUCUCUUCUGCACACAACUUUUUCAGUCGAAACAGCAUCAAAUCCAUGUCUAUAAUCGUAAAAAAAAAAAAUUAAAGUGAGUCGUGGUUUGGGACUCAUGAAUGAAGUAGGUUAAGUUCUGGCAAAUUUGAAGUACGCACCUUGACCUUGACCUGUUUCUAUUUUAAGCUACAAGCAAAUGAGGAACAAGAUGUAUCACUCAACUUGAAUCAGCUUUGGAGGCCAGGUUUGGAUGUUAGACCCAAACU